CCGGUCGCUGCGCUCCUCAUUUGAAAAAUCUUCAGUUAAGCCUCUGAACGCGUUGUCGCCAUUAUUAAAUACGGAGUCUGCAAUGUUUACAUAUUAGAAUUUGUAACGAACAAGCAAUCAUUUCUGGAAUAUAUCGGCCUCGAGUUUUAAGGAGUCAGCCAUGGCUCAGCGUGUGCCUGUAUCAGAUGGAGGGUCGAAGAAGACAUCCCGUGUUCGUGUAGCUGUCCGUCUGAGGCCUUACAUGGCUAAACCCGAUGAAAAAGAUGAAGGGCCUUGUGUGAGAGGCAUAGACUCUCAAAACCUUGAAAUCAUCAACUGGAGAAACGCCACAGAAACCGUCAAAUAUCAUUUUGACGUUUUUCACGGAGAAAAGACAACACAACAAGAAGUCUUUCUUUCCUCAGUGAAACCAAUUCUCGCACAUAUACUAAAUGGACAGAAUGCAAGUGUUUUUGCUUAUGGACCAACAGGAGCAGGCAAAACUCACACCAUGCUGGGAAGCACAGAACAGCCAGGAGUGAUUCCCAGGGCUGUCCGUGAGGUUUGCAAAUUGGUCCAAUCAAAAAAUGAGGAAGACGGGUGGGACUACAGUAUUGGAAUGUCUUAUCUGGAGAUUUACAAUGAAAAAGUACUGGACCUUUUAUCACCAAACUCCCAAGACCUGCCAAUAAGAGAAGACAAGGACAAGAAUAUCCUUAUUCCGGGCCUCACUCACACCACCAUCUUGUCCUUUGCUGAUUUUGAUAAACACUUUGUUCCUGCAACUCUUAAUCGCACAACUGCAUCUACAAAGCUAAACCAGCGCUCCAGUCGCAGUCAUGCAAUCCUCCUCAUUAAGGUGGUGAGAACACUGCAUGCACAGCCUCAGCGACAACAGACUGGAAAGUUGUACUUGGUGGACUUGGCUGGGUCAGAAGACAACCGUCGUACUGGCAAUCAAGGCAUUCGUCUCAAGGAAAGUGGUGCCAUCAACUUGUCCCUCUUCACUCUGAGUAAAGUGGUGGACUCCCUGAACUCUGGCACAUCGGGUCGUGUGCCGUACAGAGACAGUAAACUCACUCGGCUCUUGCAGGACUCUCUGGGAGGCUCUGCGCACUCAGUCAUGAUCACAAACAUUGCCCCUGAAUACAAAUACUAUUUUGACACUUUCAGUGCACUGAACUUUGCAGCCAAAUCCAAGCUUAUUGUUAACAAACCAUUCACCAGAGAAACUGUGACUCUGCCCAAUGUUCAAGUGAAGCGAACCAGAGAAGACCAGGAAGCAGGCAGUUCUGGCCCAGAGCCACAGAAGAAAAGGCAGAAGGAAGAGAGAAAAGCAGAGCCCUCUCCAUCCUCUACGCAUUUUCACAGUCUUGCAGAGCCGUCAGUGAUGGAUAGACUUAUAGCCCUGGAGAAGCUUAUGAUGAGCUGUCAGGACAAAGACAGACUCACUAUGCUUAAAGAUGUGGCCCAGUCUCGCAAAGAGAUCCAGGAGCUAAAGGAAAAACAAAGAGAGUUUGAGAGUAAGGCCCUCCUAUUCAAUCGAAUUACCAGUGAAAACUCAGGAAUAAGUCCACAGUCCAGCUUUAAGAACAAUAUAGCACCUUUACAAAGGAAACCUUUAGUGGACACCAAAGCAAACAAACAAAAGGCUGUGGUACAGCCAUUACAAGUUUCCCAGCUUCAGCCUCUUCAGCAGCUGGCUGUUGUCAAAAAGCAGUCUGUGUGUGUCAAGAAGAAAGAGCAGAAGCUUUUGGGACAACUUGAGCCACUGGAUGGAAAGGAGAACACCAUAGAGAAAGACUGGGAGUCCCAUCUUGACACAACAGUCUUAGAACAGUCCCGAAAGAAAAUCCUGCAGAUACUCAACAGUGGCUCCCUCAAGGAGCUGAAAGGUCUGCAGCAGAUUGGGGACAAAAAGGCCAAGCUCAUUUUGGGCUGGCGGGAGAUCCAUGGAGACUUCACAAAGGUGGAAGACUUGGGCAAAGUUGAGGGUAUGACAGAGAAGAGGUUUGCAUCAUUCAUGAAGGCAAACAUUGUGAGCGCCAUGGGCAAAUAAAUUCUUUUUUCAUGUUUUUAAUUUUAUAUUUUAUUUUAACCUUUUUUUUUCAUGAAUUGUGCUGAUAUUUUUGUUACCACUGCUUCCUAUUGGUGGCGCUCUACUCCUUUUAGUAAACAUGCUGUGAUACACA